UUGAUGGGUACCAAUCCAGAAAUUCAAGCAAAAGUCCAAAAGGAGGUUGACGAAGUGUUAGGAGAAGAAGAUAGACCUGUAAGAUAUGAAGACAUCGGGCAACUAAAAUUCCUUGAGGCUUGCAUCAAAGAAACUCUGCGAUUAUUUCCCAGUGUACCAAUGCAAGCGCGACUGUUGUCUGAGGAUACGAAAAUUGGAGAUAAAGUGCUACCAAGCGGUGUGAGUGUUGUAAUUAUUGCAUCAAUGGUACAUAGAGAUCCACGACAUUGGCCAGAUCCAGAAGUAUUCAAGCCUGAACGAUUCUUACACAAUGAGCCCAGACAUCCGUUUGCGUACAUUCCUUUUUCUGCUGGACCCAGGAAUUGCAUCGGACAGCGAUUCGCACUUAUGGAAGAAAAGUGCAUUCUGGCAUUGCUGAUGCGGAAUUUGAAAGUGAAAUCGAAAUUGCGCACCGAUCAGAUGCGUGUGUCCGCUGAACUUGUGAUUCGACCAUUGUUUGGCAAUAACAUACGAUUUGAACCGCGAAAAUUCGGGGAUUAUGUGCAAAUUGAAUAG